CUCAAUUCGAGCUCGCAAAUUAGGCCCAUAUAUACGUGAGCACUUGCAUUGCGUGCUUCCAAGCGUAAUCGUGACCAUAUAUACGUGCAUCCGAGGCCUAUCUGAUCUAGUUAGCACCGAGUAACGACCCCACAAUUCUCUCCCCUUCCCUCCCUCUGAAUCAGAGUUAAGUAGCGCUCAUCAUGGAGACUCCUCUCCGGGGCCGCCUCUUCUUUUUCUUCUUCAUCGUAGGGGCAUUAUGGGCAUCCGAGAGGAGGGAGGCGGUAGCGACGGUGUUCACCCUCCAGAACAAGUGCCCCUACACGGUGUGGCCGGGCACAUUGUCCGGCAACGGCGCAGCCGUGCUCGGCGGUGGGGGCUUCGAGCUGCCACCCAACUCCGCCGUCUCCCUCACCGCCCCGCCCGGCUGGUCCGGCCGAUUCUGGGCUCGCACCGCCUGCGUCUUCCCCCCCUCGGGCGUAUCCGGAUCCUGCGCCACCGGCGACUGCGGCGGUGCCCUCCGCUGCUCCGGCGGCGGCGCCCCCCCUGUCACGCUCGCAGAAUUCACCCUCGCCGGCGGCGGUAAUGGCGCCACCAAGGAUUUCUACGACGUGAGCCUGGUGGACGGGUACAACGUGGGGAUGGGGCUGCGGCCGACGCCGGCGUCGAGCGGCUGCCAAUACGCGGGGUGCGUGGCGGAUCUCAACGGGCGGUGCCCGGCGGAGCUGCGGGUGGCGGGGGCGGCAGGGGAGACGGUGGCGUGCCGGAGUGCGUGCGAGGCGUUCGGGGGGCCCGAGUACUGCUGCACGGGGGAUCACGGGUCCCCGAACACCUGCGGGCCCACGCGCUACUCCCAGCUCUUCAAGGCGGCGUGCCCCGCCGCCUACAGCUACGCCUACGACGACGCCACAUCCACAUUCACCUGCUCCGCCGCCGACGGCUACCUCAUCACCUUCUGCCCCGAGGCCGAUGAUUAAUCGACGAUUUAGAUGUUUUUCAGUCUUUAGAUAAUGGAUUGAAAUAUAGAAAUAUACCAAAAGAAAAAAAAAACACUCGCGAUGACGGUGUGAUGCUAAAAGAAUAGCCCGUGACUUGUGGAAGGCCUUUGUUUUUUCACUUCACUUCCUUGUUUGCUCUGGUUUCAUCACAUGCGCUUGCUUCUGAUGUUUUUGUUUUUUUCUUUUUUUGGUAAUUUUUUUAAAAAAAUUAAUCUUGUAACGUCUCGUUACUUAUGACGGUAUUACACACUGGUUGACUGGUUGUA